GCGAUGUCUUUGUGCGGAACGAUACGCACGUCCCAAAUGUUUUCAAGAUAUUCUUGCGAGGGUGAACUGUCCAAAAGUUCAUCAAAUCACCAUCUUUGUCGUCGGGAAGUGCAGUCGACAAUGCUAUGGAAUUCCGUGUUUUUGAAUGGUGAAAUACUGAGGUCUGGAAGACAAUGUGGGCCCCAGGAGCCCAGGCACUGGUCCCUACCAGUGCGAGGUACCGACGUGUUCCCAGACGUUCAGCCGGUGGAAUCAACUCAAGCGCCACGAGCGAAACCAUGCCAGCGACAAGCCACACCGAUGCGACAAGUGCCCGUCAUCGUUCAACCUGGAGUAUAACCUGAUGCUGCACAAGGCCACGCACACCAUGGGCAAACCGGAGUGUCCAGACUGUCAAAAGACGUUCUCACGGGUGGCAAGUCUGAAGGCCCAUAUCAUGCUGCAUGAGAGGGAGGAGAACGUCAUGUGUGCCGAGUGUGGAGAUGAGUUCAGUCUACAGAGUCAACUUGACAAACACCUUCUGGAGCACCAAGAGGAGGCUUCGGGAACCCUCUAUGAGUGCAGGUUGUGCAACAAGGAAUUUGUGGCCCAGAUCCUUCUCAAAGAACACAUGAAGAACCAUCAGAGGAUGAUCAGGUCCCGGGUUUCCAGUGGGCAGACCCAGGCCAGAAGAGCUGUGGACCGUAGCAUGUUCCAUCAGGAGUGUGAUUUCUGCCUGAAGACCUUCAAGAAACCUAGCCAGCUUGUCAGGCACAUGCGCAUCCAUACUGGUGAAAAACCAUACAAAUGUAGUGUCUGCACAAAGUCGUUCAAUCAGAAAGGCUCCCUCCAAAUUCACAUGACAAAACACACUGGGGACAAGCCCCACAAGUGUGAAUUCUGCCCGUCAGUGUUCUCUCAGAAGGGUAACCUACGGGCCCAUGUUGCUCGGGUGCACGAUCUGAACAAGGAGGUGGCUAUGUACCCAUGUGAGGCAUGCUCCUGUUCCUACCGCAAGCUUGGCAGUCUCAAUUCACACAUCACCCGUGUGCACGGUGGGCUUGUAGCCACGGAUAAGGAGAACGACGCAACAUCCGAUCUUGGCGAAGGCACAUCAAACCUGCAGCUUGACGGGCCAGCACUGUCAUCCAGCAUGGUCAGUGAUGUGAUCCAACAGUUGCUGGAGCUCUCUGAGCACUCUGAGGAGCAUUCAUAUGCCCAUCAGCAGAUACAGCAGAUUGCCUUGGGAGCCGGUGGUAACAUCACCUCCGACAUCUUACAACAGGCUCUGGAGAACUCUGGGUUAAGCAACGACAAGCAGGAAGGGUCUUCUGAUGUGACAUCUGCUAGUCGGCAGGUGGCGGUAUUUGCAGAACUCCUGCAGAAGCAGAAGACACUACGCCUGAGACGUGGUCGCCUCCACUCCUGUAAAUUUUGCAGCAAGACCUUCAAAAAGCCCAGUGAUCUGGCAAGACACAUACGAAUCCAUACGAGGGAGAGGCCGUUCAAAUGCACGCAGUGUUUUCGCAGCUUUACCGUGAAAAGCACCAUGACAGCACAUCUAAAAACCCACACUGGCAUUAAGGAGUACAAGUGCCAUGUCUGCAACAAACUGUUUGCCACACAUGGCAGCUUGAAAGUCCACCUGCGAUUGCAUACUGGAGCCAAACCUUUUGAUUGUCCACACUGUGAUAAGAAAUUUCGUACAACAGGGCACCGUACCACUCACAUAGCAUCCCAUUUUAAGGAAAACUCACUGCGCAGGGCCAAACCGCAUCGACAGAAGCAAAAGCUUCCUCGCCAAGAUUUAGAUCUGCCAGAUGUUCAGUUGCAGGAGCCAAUUCUUAUCACUGACACCGGAUUGAUUCAGCAACUGCCACGCAACAGUGCUAUGUACAACAAUGAAUACAUCGGCAAUGGGCUACAGCAAGGAGGCAGCAGCAUCGACCGGCCAUACAAAUGUGCCUACUGUGCCAAAAGCUUCAAGAAGUCCAGCCAUCUCAAGCAGCAUGUUCGCUCACAUACUGGCGAAAAACCAUACAGAUGUCUCCAGUGUGGAAAGUCCUUUGUAUCCUCUGGUGUCUUGAAAUCUCACAGCCGUACCCAUUCUGGCAUCAAAUCUUACAAGUGUUUGCUUUGCGCCUGCACUUUUACCACAAAUGGCAGCUUAAAGCGACACAUGUCCACACAUAGUGAAGUUAGGCCAUUCAUGUGUCCUUACUGCCAGAAGACCUUCAAGACAUCUGUAAAUUGUAAGAAGCACAUGAAGACACAUAAGCGGGAGUUGGGUCUACAAGCUCUGGAACAGGUAUCUGCUGCAGCCCAGGAGACAGACGAGAAUGAAAACCCUUCACAGACACAGCAACUGCAGGCUCAGCCAACAUCUCAACAGAGUAUCGUGGAUCAGUUGGCUGCUGUGGGUGCAGUUUCAGUGCAGAACCAGGCAUCUUUGCUGGGUCAGCUGAGCAGCCAGACACAGGAAGUCCUCAGACAGCAGGCUUCUCUUGAAUCAUCAGACACGAACCUCUCUUCACAGGCGUUGGCGCAAGGUGCACUCGCCCAGUCUAACCUGGAUGCCUUGACUGCACAGGACACGCUAUCUCAAGCAACUAUUAACAGCCAGACGUUUCUGCUGACCCAGCAGCUGGCCAACUUGGCCAACAGCCAGACAGGAUUGACCCAGGAGCAACAAAUCAGCCUGCAGACGCAACAGAUCCAGCAGCAGCUUGAGGCCAUCACUGGCCAGUCGUCGGGUAUCUUUCAGCCUAACGUUGUGGUCCAGCCAGAUCAAAUUCCCACGCAGACGGUCAAUCAGCGAAUGCGGCUUCUGCGUGCUGAGAUGGAAGAUGGUAAGAGGACGUAUAGAUGUGGUUACUGUAACAAGGCUUUCAAGAAAUCCAGUCACUUGAAACAGCACAUCAGGUCCCAUACAGGAGAGAAGCCCUACACCUGCAUUCAGUGUGGACGAUCCUUUGUAUCAUCAGGAGUGCUGAAGUCCCACCAAAGAACUCAUACAGGAGUUAAGGCAUACGCAUGUAACAUUUGCAACACCAGCUUCACUACUAAUGGGUCUCUCACUCGUCACAUGACAAUUCACAGUGAUGUUCGUCCAUUUGACUGCCCAAAUUGUGACGAAUCUUUCAGAACAGCCAUUCACCUGAAACGCCACAUCAGGGCAGCCCAUGAGGAAAUAGAGCGGAGUGCAGGUGCAGAAAACCGACGCACAAGAAAUGUGGUAGUCUUCACAGAUGAAGAGACCAAGGAGCUCAAGAAAACUCUGCCUCCUCGCAAUGCCAGUGUGUCAGAGAAGGUUCUCAUCCAAGAAGUCUUGGACAAAGAUCGCAUUAGUGAGAUCCAGGACAAGAAUGAGAUCCUUGAGAAAGGGCCCAAGUUUGCCAACAAGUGUGAUCACUGUCCCAAGAGUUUUAAGAAGCCCAGUGACUUGGUUCGACACAUUCGCAUUCAUACUGGUGAGAAGCCAUUCAAAUGUGAUGAAUGCGGCAAGACAUUCACUGUCAAGUCCACGCUGGAAUGUCACAUGCGUACACACAGGGGAGGGAAGAGUGUCACCUGUCAUAUCUGCAGAACUGUCUUUGCCACCAAGGGCAGUCUGAAGGUGCACAUGCGUCUACAUACAGGCGCAAAACCGUUCAAGUGUCCACACUGUGAUGAACGUUUCCGAACCUCUGGUUCAAGAAAGAUGCACAUCAUGGCCCAUUUCAAGCCCUUGACGAUCAAGAAGGUGGGCAAGGCCUCCCACAAAUCAGCCACCACGAAUGCAGAUCAGCAGUACAACCUUGCCGAGUCCACUAACGCUCAAGCUGCAAGCAAUUUAUCAGUCGAGGAAACUGAACAAACUUUGCUUCAGCAGCAGCAACAGGCUUUAGGUGGCCAGGCUCAAGUCCUUCCUAUCACGAUUGCCGGCAAUGAAGGCCUGACGUUUGGAGACGGUGGCAUGGGAGGCACAGUCAUGCAGGGACUAGAGGGGCUUCAGCUCCAGCUGACCGCCACAAAUCUGGGACAAGGUCUGCAGCUGCAGGGGCUUGAUCAGAGCAUCACUGUACAGAUAGAUCCCAGUCUGCUUCAGCAACUCCAGCAUGGCAGCUUAAAUCCGAUCAUGCUGCAGGCUGGGGACUUGAACUUGGGCCAGAUUGGCUUGCAGUUGCCGCAGAGUGAUCAGGGUCUUGUUACCACAGCUCCAGAACAAAACCUCCCUCAGUCAGGCUUUACUCAGGUGGCUGAUCCCCAGCAGCAUCUGCUGGUGCGGAUUGACCCCAGCAUGCUGCAGGUGCCGGUAGACAACCCACCGUUGGUAUCCAACACAACUGAUUCCACACCAGUCACACUUGACUCAAGUCUGAUAACACCAACCCAGCAACAAGAGCUGCCGAUCAUCCCUGUAUCUUUUAGUGCUGGCUCGUCGCAGCCUUCAACAUCGCAAGUCUUAAUCCAUCCCAACGUGGAUCAAGCGUUGAAUCUCAGCACUGUCAACAGUGGGGCCAGAGCACUGCCUGAGGAUCUGACGCACCCUGCCCAGCAGCUGAACCAACCAUUGCAGUCCCAGAAACGGCCACAGAUGGCCAUGUCGGAUGUUGCGGGGGCUUUAGUUCAAUCCACAACCCCCAUGACAUCACUGGUGACUACCCAGCCGUCCAUCAUCACCUCUCAGACUGAUCCCAUCAUUAACGAGAUGUUGCAGACUGUUCACGAUGAGCGAUCCCUGGCUCUGGGUGACUCGGCUCUCACUGCUGACCCAUCCAGCGUUGGUCAGCAGACCUUCCAGCUGUCCCUAGGAGGGGAAACAAUCAACCUCUCCCAGAACAUUGUCCUGCAGACUGGAAUUGGUGCCAUUACCGGAGCCUCUAAUCAGACCUCUCUCAGUCAGCCGGGAGAGGCCAGCACCAGCAUGAGCCAAAGUACAAUGGAGGUCCUGAAAGUGAACAUUUAUCAGGACCCAGAACAGGAUGCAUCAAGUAGAGAAGAAACACUAGAUGAGAGCCCUGACGCAUCUGAAGCAAAGCAAAGCACCAUAUCUGUGACUGAAGCAGCAGCAUCCAUAGGAUCCCUGUACACAUGCAAUGCACAGGACUGCACUCUGGUGUUCACCUCCAUGAACCAGUUGCGCAAGCAUCAAAGCGACGCCCACGGCGACCUGCGACCUUUUGUCUGCUCCAUCUGCAACAAGGCCUUCAAGCGGCACAGCCAUCUCAAGGAACAUGAAUCCACCCACCUGCCCAAGACCCCAACCGUCCGAGGCUCCAAGACUACACCCUUUAAGUGUGACAUCUGCGCGAAGGCCUUCAGCAAGCAGAGCCAGCUGCAGAGACAUGUCCGGAUACACACAGGGGAGCGGCCGUUCACCUGUCCGCAGUGUGACAAGGGCUUCAACCAGAAGAACAGUCUCCAGAUGCACAUGAUGAGACACACUGGAGAGAAGCCCCACCAGUGUGAAUUCUGCAACAUGGCAUUCUCACAGAGAGGCAACCUACGAGUCCACAAGAUCCGGGCUCACAACACGGGGACGUUUGACCCGGGCCAGCCAAUACCGACAGAGAUGGAGGAUGGUGAGGACAUGUCAGAGGUCAUGGGUAGCGUCCCGGCCGGGGAGACCAGCGGGGCCCAGGAAUCCAUAGACCUGGAAAGUAUUGUACCAAACUUCUUCACGUAGUAAAACUGCUGAUGGUGGACAAGAUAUAAAUAUGGCAGCGACUGCCUAAAUUAGGAUGUGAACACUGCGACAUGACUAUGAGCUUGAUUUGUUUUGUCAAGUUGGUGCCAUUUAGUUUCAAUUGGUUGACUUGCUGAGUGCAAAGAGUUCAACAGAAUUCUAUGAGGUCCGUUUUCAGUGAAGUUGUCUAGACGUUAAAAGGUUGCUAAACACAUUAACCCCCCUAAGCAAACACACAUGCUGAGCCAUGCUGUUACUUGGGUCAAAAGUGACCCAUUGGUGUGUUAAUUAUAAGAAUAUAGCAGGGGAAGUGGAAGGUGUGACUUUUUAAACAGCAGGGGGUUUAAUACAUUACUGUAUUGAUACAUGGUGGUAUUAACAGGCAUCAGAGACUCAGGUUUGCUUGAAGAUAAGCACGAAUGAACUUUGUGUGUGGGCUUGGCUGUUUGAAAUUAGAUACAUUUGUGGAUUACAACCCUAAACAUUGCUUAUGGUUUGUGUAUUAAGCUUACGCUUCUGUAAAUCUAUGCUCGCUAUUAAGGCAGCAGGCUGAGAGAAAGAAGAGUUAACAUUUCAAACGUGGCAUUAAAAAAAAGUAUGCAGGAUUCUUUUUUUCUGUUUUGCAGUUGCGUUGCUUGUCAAAAUUUAAUUGUAAAGUGGUUGCAUAUUUCAGCUGGUAAAAUACAUAAAAAGCAGGUUUGUUAGUAAUUCUUGUCAAGGUGUUUAAUUGCAUGUAUUGAGCUAGCGAUUUAUUUUUAAUUUAAUUGAAUUCAAGUCACUACCCACACCCACUUUUCAAUUUGAUGAUGUACAUGUGCAUGUUGUUGCACUCCAAGUAUUGGUACAUUUUCUCUGCAUGUCAAUGUACAAAUGUAACUCCUUCAUCACUUUGUGAGAAAUCUCUGUCAAAGACUUUGUGUUCUUUCGUAAGUUUCCUGAAUUGAAAAAAAAUUUGUACUAAAAGCACAGUGAUGUGAGGGACAAUAGAAGACACAGCUUUAUAUGAAGUGCAUGGCUGACUGUGUACUUUAGGUUGUUAACUUGUUCAAGCAAUCUGGCAAUUCUUUUAAUAAAAUGAGUAGUGUUUUAAAAUGUCAGUUGUAAAAUUGGAAAGGUUAACGUUGUAUGGAAACUUUUUUUUACUUGAGUCAAGUUGAGUGUGUUCAUAAUGUUGCAUGCAUUAUGUAUGACGACACACUGCAGCUGUCCAACUAUAGGAAAUGAUGAUGGGAAGGAAUGUAGUAAUUUGACGCCACUUCUAUAGUUGUGUACAAAGUCUAUGGGGAGUCGAGUGCAUUACCAAAGUAAUAACUGACCUUCAUAAAUAUGUGAUGAAGAAAGUGGGAUGUAGCAUUCUUUCCCAAUGAUGCUCUAUCUACCAUACUUAUAGUUAAUAAAGUUAUCUCUGAUGUCACGUUGUAACACUAUUCCUCACUUUUCUUGCCGGCUUUUGGUAAAACUCUCAUGAGCAAGUGCUCUACACAAACGGCAAACUUCACAUUUUAACUACAGUUUGUAAUACAUAUUUUGUAAUCUAUUUUGGGCAUGAGUUGUCAUUAUUAGUUUGAUUGUUAACUUAAUGGCCAAUUUGAUUUUUAUGUUGAAUGGAAAGCACUGAUCAAAAAAGAAUAAACUUUCAACAAAA